AUGCUGUACGACAUCUCUUAUAUCAACGAAGAAGAGUUUGAAUCUCCAACGAUUGAUAUUGAGCUGGAUGCUUAUGGAGUACCGACAAAUUUUGAUCAAGUGAACAGCAAAGUCCCAGUUUCCUUCAGCCCCGAGUUGCUCGUUUUGGUACCCAAGGCCGCUCGAAUCGCCCGUUUGAUUCCUUCUGACAAAGUGAUUGAUAUUUCUAGCAAAAUCAACUUUUACUUUUAUCUCAAGAGGUGUAACCCAAUUUGGCAUUAUGAACGCUUCAAAGAACGACGAGCAGCAAUGAAAAAGAGUGACAUGGAAGGAGUGGACUUGUCCGCUGCAGCCAAACUCAAGGCAGAGGGAAUCGGUGUCCGAUACAGCCCUGCAAAGAGAGCCCUGCACUAUUUUGGACUGGUAUCGGAUCCAAAUCGUGAUCUGAAACGUCACCUAGCAGCCAUUAAAAUUCAAAGAGCCUGGAGAUGGAAAAUGAGCAUGACGAGACUACACAGUAUGAGAGGAGCCAAUGGACAACCAACAAAUGGCGGACCACGAUUUCGAAACUCUUCGACUAUGGAUAUCAAAGAACAAACUCAAGUUGGAAGGGCCAUGGCAGAAAUAACAGGACAAAGGUUGGCCAUCACGAUUUUGGCCAGUUUACUGCUGACGCUUCUAUUUUCGUACUUUGAGAACAAAGCAACCGCACCUGCUGCCAUGGUAGUUUUGCAUGGUCAGAGUGUGAAUGCUGUCAACACUGGCAACUAUACAAUUGAAAGGGCAUUGGAUGCGGCCAGAAUUUCCGUUCCAGGUCUAUUCGAAUACCAAACCAAAAGUGUCGAGACACCUUUUGAAUAUGGCGUUGGCUACAUCAUCAACGACCUGCGGGAACGAGAGAAACUUCAAAUUACUGUCACCGACGUUGAUGGCAACAUUUCCAAGGGCCUGUUUGUCUUUCGCGAGGAGCGGGUGGACGAAGCUCGGAUUCAAUUCUUUGCCACCAUUUUCUCUUGCCUCAUUUGGUUCCUGGGUGUUGCUGCAUUCGCUGGGCCUAUCAUGACGCUGGUUAUUACUCCUAUUGAACGCAUGGUUCGGCUACUGGGGAUGUUGACGCUAGAUCCCUUGGGAUACCAAAACAACUCUCGAUUCAAAAAGUUUCUGUUUGAAGAGGAUAUCAUUGCGGACAAAUCCCAGUGGACUAAGGAUGUGCUCAAAGGAAUGGAGACUGCCUUUCUAAUGUCAACAAUUUUGCAAAUUGGAAAUCUCAUGAAAGUGGGAUUUGGAAGCGCUGGAGUCGAGAUUAUCCGGAACAACUUGCAAAAGGGCCAGAAAACGAAUACGCUGAUUUUGAACGAACAGGGUUCCACCGUAUCAUGUAUUUUUCUGUUUUGCGAUAUCCGUCAGUUCACAGAUGCCACUGAGAGUUUGCAAGAAGAAGUUUUUGUCUUUACCAACCGUAUUGCGGCCGUGGUUCAUUCCAUUUGUCACUCUUACGGAGGUUCUGCCAACAAGAAUGUUGGAGACGCCUUUCUUGUGAGUUGGCUGCUGGACGAUGAUGACACGUCCUACACUUUGACAUGCAAACACAAUCAAGCCGACAAGGCCCUAUUGUCCGUGGUCAAGAUCUGCAUGGCCCUCCAGUACGAUGAUUUCUACAUGAAGGCCAUGUCCGAAAACGCCCGGAAUGCUUUGCUAGCGAAAAUGAAGAAGCGAUCCGGUGCCAUUGUCCAAAUGGGAUUUGGCAUACACGCUGGAAAGGCUGUCCAAGGUGCCAUUGGAUCUCAACGAAAGAUUGAUGCUACCUAUGUAAGCGAGGCUGUGGAAAAGGCCGAGUUUUUGGAAUCGUCAACCAAGCAAUACGGUUUGAAAAUGCUAGUGUCCGAUAGUUUCUAUACCCUGUUGGAUCCCAAAAUCCAACGCCGUUGCCGCAAGAUUGAUCAAGUGUACUUUCCAGAAGAUGAAGAUGAAACCUACGAGCCUUCGAUUGAUGAGAAAAUGGAAAUGCGAAUGGAACUGCUCACCUUUGAUAUGGAUUUGAGCACAUUGUGGAAGAAGAAUCAAGGCACUCCAGAAGAAAAGCCAAAAAAUACGAACCAGUCCUUUGCCAAACGAAGACCUGGCCGUCGCAUGAGUAUGAGUAGGGGUAGUGGCGCCAGUGACGAGUUGAAAACGGCCAACAAUGCCGACGCCUCGGGCAUGUUUGAAAAGGAAAAAGCCAAGACAACACCGGCUCCCGACAAAAAGGAACUAGAGCUUCCCACGGGAGUCCAACAAUACAAAGACCGCGAAUGGCUCCAAGAAGAUAUUCGAAUGAUCCGAGAAAAGUACACUACGGCUGUCAUUCAAGACUUUUCCUCAGGAUUGGAAAAGUAUUAUGCUCGAGAUUGGAUGAGUGCUCGAAGGUUCUUUGAAAUGGUACUGGAGCGAUUUGAUGACGGCCCUUCCAAUUACUUUUUGGAAGAAAUGAAAAAGCAUGGAUGGAAACCUCCCUCCAACUUUUCACCAAUUCGAAAGGGAGGCUAG